AUGUCUCCGAUCAGGAUCGUCUCGUCGAUCGCACUCCCGAACUCGCCUCGCUUCUUCUCGAUUCCACUCGUCUCGUCGAUCGCACUCUCGAACUCGCCUCGCUUCUUUUCGAUUCCACUAAACGGUGUUUCAGGAAACGAGCUCCGUCCUCCCUCCCGAACUCACACUAUUAAGGUGUUUUCGAUGCUUGAUACGAAAUCUCUAAUGCAAGCUUCGGCUUCUUGUACCAUGUUUAACAAAUGUGCCAUGGAUCGUUUAUGUUACUCACACAUUGACUUGACAACGGCUGCUAAAGAUGCUGAUAAUGGAGUUGUGUGUACUAUGAUACAUCGAGCUGGAAAAGAAUUUAUGCCUACUCAACUCCAAUUUCCGUUGAAAUUGCCGACUCCCAAAUAG